AUGAGCGACUACGAAGACGACUACGACGAUGGCGACGCCGACUUCUUCUAUGUCGAAGACGAGUACAUGGCGGCCGAUGACCUGGCCGAGCACGCUGUUGCCUCGCCGCCGCCUGCAACGUGUGGUGACGAGGACAUGGAAGACGACUGGGACCGCUUCGACUACUUCAACGACCUCGAGUACGCAUCCGACGGCUACGACGACACCCGCUUCCAGGCACUCGACGUCAAGGGUGUGAAGACGGGCAUAAAAAGGAAGCGAGCAGUCGGUGGCCGUUCACGCAGGAAGAAUGUGCCGCAGGUCGAUGCAACAGCGCACACCGAACCAAGUGCGCCGGGCCAUUCGCCCAUUGUCUGGCGCUCCCACGCAGAUCGCGGCCUGAAACCAAAGAUGCUAGACGACAAUGCGCAGCCUUAUGCUCUGUUCAAAGACUGGCGAGAAAAGCUCACGGAAACACCAGACUGGGCAAAGGGGUCACCACCAAACUCACCAGGCGCAUCGUCGUUGCCGUCGGACAAGGAAAAGGGCGACAUGGCAUUUGUCACAAAGCCUGCAUCGCCGCCGUACGACGACGACGACGAGGACGAGGACGAUAAAGAAGGCGAUGAAGACGACAUGAGCACCCAAGGACACGGUAUAUCUCAGGAGGCGCUGCUGGCAGCGCUGCAGCGCCAACUUGCUGCUGCUGGCGGCCCACUGAGCGGCAUGGAUCCCCAGCAGCUGCUCGAGUUUGCUACACGCAUGGCUGCCGACAAAGAUGCAGGUGAUGACAUUGCAGGCGAGAUGGCCGACGCCAUGCUAGAAGGGGAGGAUGAAGAGGACGACGGAGAAGCCGAAGAAAAGCUUCUCUCAUGGGUAGCCCAACAGCGUAACAGCACCAAGGAGACCGCCGACGACGAGUCCACAUCCGCCGACGCAACUCCCUCAAGCAAACAGCCCCCUACACCCCCUUCAUCCAACCACAAUCGCAGCACCGCCACUUCUCAAACCAGCACCACCACCGACUCGAAGACAACAACGUCCUCCCGCAAGCGCAAAGCUGACAACGAGCCCGCCGCCAAGGGCGCCACGCACGCCGUUAAGAAAAGGAAUACGAGAUCUUUCGACGCCCCUACCGCAUCAAGUCAAGCCAAAGCCGCUCUACCAUCCAAG